AUGAAUAGCAACGAACACGUCGCCAUUAACAAGUACUUGAACAAGGCUCAACGAAUUACUCUCGAUGACGUGUUCGCCAAACGUUCAGACAGCGACCGGGCUCAGCGACGCACUCGAAUCAUCUGUACGCUUGGGCCUGCCUGCUGGGAGCCUGAGAUGUUGGUAGAGAUGAUGGAUGCUGGUAUGGACAUUUGUCGAUUCAAUUUUUCACACGGCGACCACGAGAGCCAUGGAGCGUGCUUGGCUCGAGUCAAAGAAGCCCUGAAGAUGCGCCCCAACAAGACGGUAGGCUUGCUCCUUGACACAAAGGGACCUGAGAUCCGUACUGGGUUCUUCCGCGAAGGACUUAAGUCGAUUGAACUUAAGAAAGACCAAGAUUUAAAGAUCGUCACUGACUACUCUUUCAAGGGAGAUGAGACCUGCAUCGCGUGCACGUAUGA